AGCAAGUUGGAUCAAAUCUUAUCCGGCCUUGACCAGAUACUGAAAGCCUAGAGAAGGGCUGAAAGGCAAGUUCCUUCCUCGACCGUAGGGCCCAGUGUCAGGCGGCAGUCUGCAGUCCCACCACUGAUGACAAUGCCAGCGAUGACGGGUCCCUUUUUCCCUCAGUUUGGAAUCCCUCCAUCAGGUGGUCCGUUAACAAGUAGUUUGCAGGCUCUGGUUUCUUCUUCUCAGUCAGCUGCUGCAGCUACAGGGCAGCAGUCGGUCCAGCCACCUGCACAGCAGCAGGUACAGCAACCUGCACCGCAGGCACAGGCUGCUGGACAGCAGGGCCAAUGGGUUCCAAAGAUAGUGUUGGCAGCUGCAAAGAGGACUGUGCCAACCUACGUGGCUGCAUACUACUUAGUAGGCUCUGCAGCGAGGUGGUUAGAUGGGUUGGUACAGCAUGAUGGAUACGGUCGUAACUUCGACGGUUGGGCUCAGGCCCGCAGUCUGGAGGAGUUUCUGACGUUGGUAGAGGAAAGGUGGCACGACCCCCAAGACGCGCAAAAGGCUGCCGGCGUGUUGACUAAAUUGGACUCGAGGAAUACCAGCUCCGUUGAUGGACGCCGGAGCAGAGGUUGUCGACCUUCACGCUUUCAUCGCGAAGAUCGACCGCGAGUUCAAGACGCAACGGUACGACGACAUCGACGCACCAUUGCUAUACAUAGCAUUCAGAUCGGAGAGGCGACCUGCAGAGCCUUGAUCGAUUGCGGAGCAUCUCACAACUACAUCAGCCAGGACUUCAUGGUACGCACCGGCCUUGGCCCACGUGUCCGGAAGAAGAACAAGGACCUGCGGUUGUGCAUCGAUUAUCGCAAGCUCAACGCGCAGACGAUCAGGAACGCCGGCCCUCUCCCACGCAUCGAUGAUCUUCUCGAGCGAUUGGGCGACGUCCAGUUCUUCUCCAAGUUGGAUCUCAAGUCAGGGUACCACCAACUCGAGAUUCGCAAGGAGGACCGUUACAAGACCGCGUUUAAGACGCGAUAUGGGCAUUUCGAAUGGCUGGUCAUGCCAUUUGGCCUUACGAAUGCCCCGGCCACUUUCCAAGCGGCUAUGACAACGGAGUUCCGACACAUGCUGGAUUGUUACGUACUUAUCUAUCUCGACGACAAGCGGCUACGACAGGCCAAGUACAAAGCCAAUCGCGACAAGUGUGAAUUCGCGCGGCAGGAGCUGGAGUACUUGGGCCAUUAUGUGAUGCCGCAAGGCAUCCGUCCGCUCGCGGACAAGACCGAGGCCCUACGAGUAUGGCCCGAGCCCACCAACACCACGGACGUUCGUUCAUUCAUGGGGUUGGCGGGCUACUAUCAGCGAUUCAUCACCGGAUACUCCAGGAUUGCUGCACCUAUGACGAGGUUACAGUCGCCAAAGGCGCCAUUCGUAUUCGAUGACGACGCACGCCGGUCAUUCCAAGCACUUAAGACGACGAUGCUCAUGGCACCCGUCCUUAGCAUCUAUGACCCCACCUUGCCGACGAGAGUGACUACGGACGCUUCCAGCUACGGCAUUGGGGCAGUCUUGGAACAGCACGACGGCGACGACUGGCACCCUGUGGAGUAUUUCAGCCACAAAGUGCCUCCCAUCAACUCGCUUGAUGAUGCAAGGAAGAAGGAGCUACUCGCGUUCGUCAUGGCUCUCAAGCGAUGGCGGCACUUCCUCCUUGGGCGUCGUAGGUUCACAUGGGUUACAGACAACAAUCCAUUGACCUACUACAAGAUGCAGGAUACGGUGAGCAGCACGAUCGGACGAUGGAUGUACAUCAUCGACCAGUUUGACUUCACACCGAAACAUCUACCCGGCCUCUCAAAUCGCGCAGCAGAUGCGCUCUUGCGAAGACCAGAUCUUCGCACUAUGACACAUCAUGCCUUCGCAUUGGACGAGGAGCUUCAGCGACACUUCAUCCGGGCAUAUCAGUCUGAUCCGGACUUCGACACGCUCUGCUCACAGCUAUCUUCGGAUCACCCGCCGGCCAGCCAUUAUCGCAUUGUCGACGGGUACUUGCUCCUCCACUCGAGAGGCAAGGACUUACUAUGUGUCCCACGCGACCGUCGUCUUCGGACUCGCCUUCUCGGCGAGUAYCAYGAUUCACGACUCGCCGGCCAUUUCGGAGUCAACCGCACUAUUGCACGGCUUCGAUGGCGAUUCCAAUGGCCCGACCUCAUUACCGAUGUCACUCGGUAUUGCGAUUCUUGCAAAGUUUGCCGACGCAGCAAGCCCCGCAACCGCAAUCCCUACAGCGAGUUACACCCGAUGACUAUCCCACGGGAACCCGGUCUCUCCAUUGCCAUGGACGUCACCGGUCCGUUUUCUCGCGACCGGCUCCGGCACGACGGCAUCCUCACGGUUGUGGACCGAUUGAGUAAGUACGCUCGCUCUCUCCCUUGCAAGUACUACUCCACGGCUCCCGAGCUGGCACGCCUCCUGCACACUGGUUGGAUUUGUGGCCACGGUGUACCAGAAGACAUUGUCAGCGACCGCGACACUCGUUUCAUGUCGGCGUUUUGGACGGCUCUCAUGCAGGAGUCCGGCACAACAAUGAAACCAAGUUCGGCUCGACACCCGCAGACAGACGGGCAGACGGAGCGGGCACAUCAGACCGCUCAAAUGAUGCUUCGUACGCUCAUCCGUCCGGACCAGAAAGAUUGGGUUGACCGCCUCCCCGACAUCGAGUUCGCCUACAACACUUCGGUGCAUCCGGCGAUCGGCGUGACUCCAUUCGAGUUGCACCACGGUGGACGGAAAGGCCGGAUUUUCGCCGACCUUCUCCUCCCUCGACCAGCCGGCCUUGACGCUGCCUGCUCUCCUGCUUCCGUCCGGAAGCACAGGGAAUUGCUGACUCAAGCCCACGCAAAUAUGCAAAAGCCUCAAGUCCGCAUGCAGCAGCAAGCCGACAGGCGUCGCCUACCAUGUCCCAUCCGCGCCGGUGAUCUGGUUUGGGUCUCCGCGGAAGAGUUUGCACUGGAACAGGAUGUUUCACGCAAAUUGCUUCCCAAGUGGUUUGGACCUUGGUCUGUGACAGCAGCAGCGGGCGAUGAGCCCGAUCGCCCUUCAUUUGUGAUCAAUAUUCCAGAGCAUCUGAAGGUCCAUCCGGUCUUCCACGCCUCAAAGCUGGCAACAUACACGCCAUCCAGGAGCGACGACUUUCCGGACCGACGAUCGCAGGACCCUCCUAUGGAUGGCCAUUAGGAAGUUGACCGCGUCAUCUCCGAUCGCAAGUACGGCAGCAAGCCGCGGCAGUACAAAGUCACAUUCAAAGCAUGCGAUCGCGACGACACUUGGUGGAUUUCAGGCGCAGAUUUGAAAGCAUCCGCACCRCUGAUCUACGCGCAUUAUGAAAAG